UUAUUAUUUUAUUUGUAUAUUGUGAUGAAAAUUGUAACAGAGGAGGUGUAAGGUGUUUUUGUUCAAUUAUGCGUACGUUGCAGUGAUGCCCACAUAUCAAGAGCCGUUAUCAGGCUGGGCUGGUAAUUUAUAUGGGCCAAUUGGGAUUACAGUUGGAGUAGCUAUGGGCUUAUUAAAAGCAUUGUAUAUAAAGCCCCUUAACGUUGCAGACAUAGUUCCUGCCGAUUUCGUUGUAAAUUGUAUUAUUUCAGCUGCCUGGGACAUUUCGAUCGACAGGGAACCAGCAACGUAUUCAGGAAACAAAGACAACAGAAUAAAAAUUUACAACUGCGUGUCUGGACCACAAAAUCCAGUUCUUUGGGAAAAAACCUGGAAGUAUACAGAAACAUUAGGUAAAUCGAUACCAUCGAAAACAUGCUUAUGGUACUAUUUUUUCGUGCCCGCCCCCUCUGAACGAAUCUACAAGAUCUAUAUUACUUUUUUGCAUAUAAUCCCGGCAUACAUUGUGGAUUUUGUUGCAAUGCUAACUGGACGUAAACCACAAUUAGUGAAGACCUAUAAAAAAAUCCAUAAAUUUUGCGACGUUCUCCAGUAUUUUACUACACGCCAGUGGAAAUUCGAGAACGAAAACACCAAGAACUUGUGGAAAAAGCUCAAUGCCGAAGACAAGACUGUAUUUCCAUUCAGCAUGAAGCUAUUAAAUUGGAAGGACUAUUUCGAAGUUUGCAUCAGGGGGGUCAGACUGUAUAUAUUCAAAGAUCCCAUGGACACCCUCGAAGAAGGCAAAGCUCACUACAGAAGACUUAAAAUUUACCAUUACUCUGUCAUAACGAUUGUUAUUAUUCUGUUAAUUGCAUUUGUAUACUAUUUCUUUAAAACCGUUUUCAAUAUAUUAUUUUAAUAAU